AUAUAUUACCGGAAGUCCUGCUGUUUACGAAGAUUCGAGAAAUUUCGAGUUAAUGGCUCUUCCAGGUAUGAAUAAGGACAACAUCCGUGCUGGGUGUAAAAGAUGUGGUUAUCCUGGACACCUGACGUUUGAGUGCCGUAACUUUGUGCGCGUGGACCCGAGGAAGGACAUCGUGCUGGAUGUGAGCAGUACGAGCAGUGAGGAGAGCGAGGAGGAAGGACAACAGGAAGUCCGGAAGGAGAAGAUCUUCGGGAGCAACCACUCUAAAGAGUCAAGAAGAGAGAAACGGAAAAAGAGAAGUAAAGAGAGAGCUCACCAGAAGGCAAAGAAGAGGUCUCAUUCAUCCAGUGAUGAUGAGGUGAGCAGGAAGAAAAGCCACAAGAAGAAAGGCAAAAAAGAAAAGCGAGAGAAAAAGAAACAGCACUUGAAGAAUAAGAAGAAACAGACUCAGACUUUGUCCUCGAACAGCUCGAGUGGCUCCUCAGAUACAGACUGAAGCUCUCGCUGAUCUUCAGCUCCACUUCAUCCUGCAAAAGAAAGCGACUCACAUGAGACGGCGAUCACAUCAACAGCGCGUGGGGCUGAGUGCAAAAGUUAGUGCACCCUUGGGACUAAAGGAAGACACUUGACUCUCUUCACUUUCACCAACAUUCCUCGCGAUUACAGCGUCCUGAAUGUGAUUUUCUAUUUCCUCCUUAUUUUAACUCCAGAACCAUACCGGGGGGUGCAAACUACUGCACUCAGUUGUCUGUGUAAAUGUUACUGUUUCAGCAGUGAAUUAUUUUCAUUUCUCUUCCUCUGUAAUUAUAGAUUGUUGGAUUUUGUACAAAAAUAAAAUCAUAAAUUCAUA